AUGCCAGCUGAUGAGACGUACCCGAAGUCGUUUGCCCUUGAGCCUGAAGGUGAUGACUCCAUGCCUGUCCAGGAGACGGCUGGACAGGCUAGCGCUGGGCCUGAGUCUUACCAGGACUCACAGGAUCCUCCUCAGUCACUGGAGAAGAUCGAGAAAGAAUCUGCCGGCUAUGCAGUUUCAGAGAUCCCUGAUGUUCCCUGUGCAACUCGACUGGGCCCCACCCCCGUAUACCCCACCCCUGACCAAAUAAGGGCAAUAGGAGAUGGGUCCAGUGAUGUGGGCAUUGUUGGCACCAGAGUUUGAUGAGGUUGGGAGUAACCUCCAUGGCAGGCUUUGGAUG